CCUGCAGCAAACACUCCAAACUACAUUCGAGGUGGCAGCAAUGAAUCCUGAAGGUUAUUCGUGUGAGGCUGCUCCACUGUAUGGGGGGAGGUAUGAUGAGUUACCUGCACAGUCCAGUGCACCUACGAUGGUUCAGUUCACCACUGUGAACAUCACCACUGAGCCCCCCCAAGACCACAUCAUCUGGUCCUUGUGCUGCUUGGUCUACUUAAACCCUUUCUGCCUUGGACUGGCAGCGCUCAUCUACUCUAUUAAGGCCAGAGACCGGAAGGUGGUUGGAGACCUGGAGGGUGCCCGACACUACGGCUCCACUGCCCGCUGCCUCAACAUCAUUUCCACCGUGCUGACUUCAAUCGCAAUCUUUCUUUUCAUUAUAAUUUUCACUAAGUUGAUUUAUUUGCUCACAGACAUCAGCAGGCAACUCUAAAUUUCACUUAGAGUUGCCUGCUGCUGCUGCGGCAUUAUGAUAUUUUUCUCUACUUUAGCUUCAUGCAUGCCACAGUUUGUAACUUCUUUAUACCUUUUUAUUUACAUCCUCAAGCAAGGUAGCUAUAAAACCUGGUUAUGGUUGUAUACAUGUUACGCCAAUUGUAUUUUUUCAUGCUCCUGUCAUCAAUCUGUAAUUCACUGAGUUUCCUUCAAAAACACACACACAGGACAUCUGUGAGGGACUGGUGAAGUUGCGUUCUGUCAGCUGGGGUUGGAAAUUUGGUGUUUUCUGUGUGUGUGGGUGUGUUUACUGUGUGAAAGAUAGAGACAGGAGAGAGAGCAUAAGAGAGAGACAGAAACAACCAAAGAAAGACAAUAAAUAAAUAAACAGCUAUAAUGUAGCUUGUGGCAUAUCUGGUUGCUGAAACAAGGCACACAGAUCGUCUUUAGACCAUUCCAACCCACAGACCACCACAGCACACGCCCCCCGUCAAAAGUCACCAGAGCCCAGUCCAAGGUGGUCCCAACAAUCCGAUAUGCUUUGGAUGAAGAGAUGAAUAGCACAUAUCAAAUAAAGCAUGACAUAGAUGAUUAUGCAAAAAAGAUCGCUGUGAAGUAAUAUUAAUCAGUAUAAAUAAUUGAUAAGCAAAACAAAUAAUGAUAAAAAAGAGAGAGAGAAUGGAUAGAGAAGAGAGGUUUGUUUAUACCACUGGAAACUCCUUGGAUUGUGGAAACUGGAUUUUCUCCCUGAUGAGGGAGAUGGCUAGCCACUGCAAGAUCUGAUUGCUCUUUUCAUCAUAGAAGCAACUCAUCCAUUCCUUCUCCAUUGUACAAAUUCACUGGUGUGGUAUGAUUGAUGUUGACUUGUUACAAAUAAACAGGUUGAACCCUUAAGAACAACUUGACUGAAACAAACUGCACAGAACUACAAACUUAUUUAAGUAAUGGAACAAGAGAAACUGAACUAAAAUAUGAAUUGAAAACUGAACUUUACUGCAUCUUGAUACCUCAUUAGAGUUGAAAUUCUGAUCUGAAAUUCUGUUAAUACAUGGACUGAGUUUAUGCUCAUAUUGUUGGUUUCAUGUACCUUUUAUAGAGCUGUCAGCUGCUAAGUUUUAAAACGUAUUUUUUUAUUCUUUUUAUUUGUUAAGCUUAUCCCUGGGUCUAUGUUUCUCCUUUAUGACCACCACUCAGUAAUCUACCUCUAGGAAUCUAGACACUGGUCCACUGCUUGGCUAACUAGUCAGAGCUUACUUACUGGUCUCAAUCAUUGCAGGCAGGUUAGCAGAGUUACAUAUGGCUUUUCCUCUGGCUCCAUCCUCAGGCUAAUCGUUGCAAUUUUUGUCCCUCUACAUACAGUGUCUUGCAAAAGUAUUCAUACCCCUUGAACUUUUCCACAUUUUGUCACAUUACAACCACAAACUUAAAUGUAUUUUAUUGUGAUUUUAUGUGAUAGACCAACACAAAGUAGCGCAUAAUUGUGAAGUGGAAGGAAAAUAAUAUACGUCGUGGACAAGAUUUUUUACAAAUAAAAAUCUGAAAAGUGUGAUGUGCAUACUGUAUGUAUUCAGCCCCCCUGAGUCAUUACUUUGUCGAACCACCUUCUUCCGCAAUUACAGCUGCAAGUCUUUUGGGGUAUGUCUCUACCAG